UGAAUUUGCAUGCUAUCAUUAGCGGACCUUGUCUAUAAAGAACAAAACCAACCCACCAUACCAUCUUUCCAGUGAGAGGAGGAGAAAAGUAGAAGGAAGGAGGGAAGGAGAUGUUCACCACACAAACAAAAAUUUCCUUUUUUUCUAACUCUUUUUUUUUUUGUCUAGGUUUAAACCUAAAGACACAAGCUGCUGUGCCACUCUCAGUGCAGCACAGAGGCAGCUGGUCGUCCUGACUUAUCUUUCUUUUGAUCAAUCUUUCCUCAUUUCUCUGUAUUUCCUUGUGUACUGGAGUGAGCGCUGGGAUCUCCGAUAACCACAGAGAAAACAUCUGCAUAUCAGUGUAACGUUACCAUGCCGUCCAUGUGUCCACGUCUUGCCUUUGUGCUCCUCUUUGCCUUUUGGAGCUGGAGCUGCUCUACUAUGGCGUUCCCUUUUAACAUGUCCAUGGAGGGCAGUGGAGACGAACAGGAAUUGAUUUUCCCAACAUCCCGCGCCACCCACAUACCCCCACCUUCACCCACACCUAUACUUAGCAUCACCACCACCUUCAUCCGCAUCAAGCACUUCCUGUUUCAUGAUGUAGUGGACUUCCUGCGUGACAAUAUGCUCCUCAUCAUCGUAGUGAUGUCGCUGCUCAUUGUCAUCAUCUUUAUUGCCUGUUGUGCCUCAGCCAUGAGCCACAAGCGCAAACUCGAGGCCUACUAUCCACCCAAGAAACAUGCACCCAGGAAGUACAUGGCUGUACCAAGCAAGGGGGCGGAGCAAGGCCUGAUGGAGCCCUACAAUGCCACCACGAGCUACCUGCGUGCACCAUCUAAAGCUCUAGUGGGUGAUAAGGACGGCAAAGAUCCUAGACCAAAACCAAAGGAGGUACAGAAAUCUGAAGAUGUGGAGGAAGUAGAGGUGCAGAAGGAAGAAGAAAAGAAGAAGAAGGAGGAGCCCAAGCCAAGCACGUCCACAGCAAGUAAUGGCCAGGCACCUGUGUGCACUUGUCACCUGAGGAAAGCAAACCAAGCCUCGCAUUGAGAAAACAAGCGAGUUGUUGAGGAUUGCCUCUCUUCAAAAGAACUUGUGGAUUUGGAUUCGUUGCUGGAAAUAAAUCAUUUUCUCUAAUUCAUUGGAUGGAGAUACAGAUAAGGGACCUUCUUCUUCUGGGAUGUCAGUUAUUCAAACGUGUACGAAAUCUGUUGAGCUGAAUUUAAAGGAGAUAAGAUUAAUCUUUUAUACACCAACUUAUACAAUGCUAUACCUAGAUUUGAAAAAACUGUGGCUACAUCCUUUCUAUUAUUGAAAAUGUUCUCUGCUUAAUAGUGUAUUCUUCAUCAUGCUAGUGAUAACGAUUGUUCUCUGUCUUAAAUGCAAUGAAUUCUUUGUAUUUAUCACAUUUCAAAUUUCUGUGAUAUUAGUCAAAUACCUUGAAAUGUAUAUCACCAAAAAGAGUAAAUGGCAAUAAUGAUUAUUUUUAAUAUUCAGGUCUGAAAUAUUCUUACAUUUAUUAUUUUGGAAAUCAUUUGCUGUCUGAGGGGUUCAGUACCAAACCCAAUGUGGAGUAUUAACUAAGGAAUAAAACACUUAGGGGUGUGCUGGUAUGAGAAAACAACCAACGACGGGGUAGUGUGAUGCGGCCAUGAAUGUUUUGGAACAUUCAUGAAACAAGUUAGUUUCUUUUUAUCCAUUCCAUUAUAGAAACUAUAAACUGUAUUUCCCUCUGCUUUUCUCUCUAUUCUCUAUUAAAAAUUUUAGCUUUUCACUUUACUGAGAAACCACAAAGUCACCUGUCCUAAAAUUAUACCUCUGACUGUUACAAAGUGCUGACACUGGAGACUCCUUCCAAAAAUGUCAAGCAAAAGUCUCCUUACAGUGAAACUCGCCAUAUCAACAAUUAAACAUUUUUAUUCGUUAAAUAAAUGUGUGGGGUUUUGAAAAUUUUUAUUUUUAUUUUUAGUCUUAUUAUGUGGAGUAUCCGCUAUAGAAAUCCGUGUAAGCAGUGUAAUUAUUUUAAGGCUGAUAUGCUUCUAAAUGUGUGCUUUGCCUUUCAGUUUAUAAGUCAUGUGACUUGAAAAAUAAGAACUUGACCUUGAGUUUCAUUUACAUGAAAUCAUUAAUAUGCAAAAAAAAAAAAAAAAAAAAAAAAAAAAGGUCAUUAUAUUCAAACACUAUUGUCACUAUUGUGGUGCAUCUUGUUUUCUUGCUUUUAAAUGCUAAAGAUAAAACCUUAAGAGCUGACUUCAGCAGUCAGGAACUAUGUGCAUUUGAACACAGCUUAUUGGGGUUGUGUGUGUGUGUGUGUGUGUGUGUGUGUGUGUGUGUGUGUGUGUGUGUGUGUGUGUGUGUGUGUGUGUGUGUGUGUGUGUGUGUGUGUAUGUGUGUAUGUUGGUGAACAUUUUUCUGGUUUACAUGCAUCUCAGACCUCAAGGCUAUAAAACGCAUUGGGUCUGUUUACACUUUCGUAUUUAUGUGGUUAAACCCUAUCCGGAUAUGACCCUAAUACCCAAGACACAUAAUCUCUCCAGGUGUAAACAGAGUCGUUGUCGUCUUGUUUUCUCCAUGCCUUUUCAUUGAAUAUUUAGUGUUCAAUAACUGUAUUGUCUUGUUAAGUGGCUUUUGGCAACUGUUUAAGUUAUAUCUGUUAUUUCAGUUAUAAGUAUACUUUGCAAUACAUGUUAUAUUAAAUAACUUUGGCGGC